GACAACUCUCUGCCUGGUGAGAAAACAGACUGAGAAUCCGAGAGGGUCGGUCUCUCUCCCAUUUCCCUCUGUUCAUCCUCUAUCACCAACCCCCCUCCACCUCACCAUGGCCUACCAGUUUUUCGCAAAGGCGCAUCAGUCCAAGCAGCCGCCCACUUCUCCACCUCUCUCCUCUCCUCCCUCCUCCUCCCCUUCCUCCAACACCAGACGCGCCAAAUCCCCCAUCAGUCCUCCAUCGCUGAGCGCCUUCCAGCACUCAACUACCUCGCACGCCACUAUCGCCGCCAAACUCAAGCCCCCGGCCGGCUCCGGCGACUCAACCUACCAGCCUGUCGCGUACCCUCACCCCGUCACGUCCGGAUAUCCAACUCCGCAUCCCCACGUCACCAUCGACCCCGUCAACACCGCUCACAUUCCCUCCCUGUCGCGCAUAACGGGCCUCCUCUUGCCCAUCCGCUACCCGAACUCCUUCUACACCGCGACCAUCACCGACCCCGUCAUCGCGUCUGUCUCGCGCGUCGCCAUAUACCAUGAUCACCCGGUCGCCGCAGCCCCGGCGACAUCCCCUGCCACGGCAGCGUCUACGGGCUCGGACAAAGUGAUCGGGGGGAUCCGGUGUCGUCUGGAGCCUGUGCCGCCUAUGUCUGCGAAACGUCUCCCCGGAAAGGCUUCCCGCGACCCAGCAAACCUCUACAUCCAGACACUGCAUUUGUUGUCUCCGUAUCGGAGCUACGGGAUCGCGACGUCCUUACUCAACUCGUUGCUCUUUUCAACGCCGCCGCCGGCCUCAUCAGAGGAGAAGACCGGCUUAAAGUCUGGGUACCGCGUUUCCUCACUCGUCAGACACUACAAUAUCCGCACGGUCACGGCACACGUGCACGAGGCGAACGACGAGGGCUUAAAAUGGUACGUCUCUCGCGGCUUUAUGGUCGAAGAGGGUGUUGUCGAGAAUUAUUACCGGAAACUGAAGCCAUCGGGGGCACGCAUCGUGAAAUUGACACUGGAAUGGGACGACGACGAGGAUGUCGAAGAGGGUGGAGAUGCGAAACUGGAUGCGCCGGAGCAAGAGAACCUCUCCGGAGACGAAGAAGAACACUUCGCGUCAGCAGAAGAGGAAGAUGAGGACGAUGACUGGGAAAAGGUCGAGGCUGACGACGAAGAUGAAGAUGACCAUGGCGUUCGACCGUUCUCGGACUCCAAGCUGCUGGAUGCUGACGAUGCAGCGAGUCGGAAGCGGAAAGCCGACGAUGAACCGCAACGAUAGUACUUUGUCUUUUGGAGUUUUUCGUUUUGUAUAUUUCGGGGUUAUUUGAAUUUGGCACUCUGCUCUUUUACUUGCAUCUUGCUUUGGUUUGUUAUCUGUCUCUCCACCCUUGGAUUAUGAUACCGGAUCUUGCGAACAGAUAUAUCCUUGUCAAUAGUUGCAUACUCAAGGUCUACGGUCCCUGCUGUGAUUUUUCUUUUCUUUUCUUGUCCAUUGCCUGGCUUUGUAUAUGCAUACAUGUGUCUACUAACUAGUCUAGAGGGUUCCAUCCUUUGAUUUAUAGAUAGAAGGCAUGUGGGUUUGGAUACGAUAUAAGAAUACAGUGUAUUACCG